AUGUUAAGAUCAAUUCGAGGUUUAGUUGCAGGAUGGUUACCAAAUACCAAUGAAUCAGACUACGAAUUAAUCCAUACAUAUGGAAAUUCCUCACCAACAUUGACAACUUGCACGACCAAGGACGAUACAUUCUCUCAAUUGAGAUUAUCGUUCACCAAAUUCCUCUUCUUCCUUAUACCUUCCCCUAUCCAACGACGACUUCAACCGGCCCAUUUCAAGCCUCAUCGAUUAUACCCAACUUCCUAUCUCGAUGGACUUCGUGGAGUUGCUUCCUUGUUUGUUUUCUUUUGCCAUUACACCGAGGAAAAUGUACAGUUCAUGAUACCAUCAUAUGGCUUGCCCAUAGAUGAUCCUGUACCAUCUUCUUUCAUGCAACUUCCUUUCUUUCGAGUAAUUUACAGCGGACGACCCAUGGUUCAUAUCUUCUUCGUCAUAUCUGGAUUCGUUCUUUCUUUAAAGCCUUUGAAAUUAGCUCGAGCACAUAACUAUGCUGAUCUUCAAACAACUUUGUCCUCAUCUGUCUUUCGUCGGGGUAUGCGACUUUUCUUACCCACUACCGCCUCCACGUUUAUGGUUAUGAUAUUCAUUCGAAUGCGCUGGGUCAGGGUUGAAGGACUCGAAACGUUCUCAAUACAAUUUAUGGACUGGAUGCAUGCGAUUUGGACGAUAGGAUAUUCUUGGGAUUGGGAUAAAAUGUGGUGGCCAAAGUACGAUGUUCAUGUCUGGACUAUUCCCAUUGAGAUGGCACAAUCCAUGCUUCUCUUCGUCACUAUUACCGGCUUAGCCAGAUGUAAAGUUUGGAUCCGUCUCUUCAUGUUCGUGGUAAUUAUGUUUUAUAGUUUGAAGUGUGGACGUUGGGCUGCAUUCGAAUUCAUUGGUGGCGCUCUGGUGGCAGAAGUGGGAAUUAUUCAACAAGCGCGAGCCGAACAAGAUCCCAACAAAGAGAUGCCAGCUUCGGAUGAAGAAUCUUGUAGUUCAUGGAAAACAUCGGCAGUUUAUGCAUUCUGGACUAUGAACUUCAUUUUUGCCAUGUGGAUUGCAGGAUGGCCAAACCAUGAUGUACUGAAGACUCCUGGACUCAGUGAAAUCGCACUCUACACGAUGGAGCCAUACUGGUCUCGCAAACGAGAGGAAGAACAAGCAUUCUCUUGGUUUGCAUUGGGGGCCAUGCAAGUUGUUUUUGCUUGUCAGCAACUUCCUCUAUUGCAAAGAUUCUUCACGUCUAGCCCAGCGCAAUACCUUGCCAAUAUUUCUAGCUACACGGUACAGUACAGAAAGAAGCUUACCUACCUAAAUUUUCUUCAAUGGGCAUCUUGCGUGACGACUAGUCCCGGCACAGGUAACAAAGUAUUAAAAGCCAGGACCGAACACAAGGAUUACCUUAACCUUUUCGUGUGA